CUGCCAACUAUUACAAGGUGCGUGAGAAGGAGCGGGAAAGAGACCGUGAGAACAGAGAGAGGGAUAGGGACAGAGACAGAGAGAGGGAGCGUGAGCGGGAACGGGAACGUGACCGGGACCGGGACCGAGACAGAGAGAGGGACCGUGAGCGGGAACGGGACCGAGACCGCGACUACCGAGGAGACUACAGGGACAGAGAUGACAGUCGAUCGCCUAAAGAUCGCAGGCGAGAAGUGCGGGACCGUGACAGAGAGCGGGACCGUGACAGGGACAGCCGUGGCAACCAUGACCGAAUUAAUUCUGUUCACAAGAAAGAGGAAAAAGAACGUUUGGCGAGGGUGGGGGACUGGUCGGAGCAUGUAAGCUCAUCAGGCAAGAAGUACUACUAUAACUGCCGAACUGAGGUAUCCCAGUGGGAGAAGCCCCCAGAGUGGCUAGAAUGGGAGAGAGCACGUGCCAAGGAGACCUCAAAUAGGUCACAUGACAAGACCUCGAAUAGGCAAGACAAACAUUCCAGUUUAGGGGAGAGUUAUCGGGAAAGUCGGGAUAUCAGGGAUGGCGACCGAGACAGGAAUGACAGGGAUAGGAGAGAAAUGUAUCAUAGUGAAGAUAUGUAUGAUAGAAGAGACUCUAGAAAAUAUGGCCAAGAGGUUGGUGCAGCAGACAUGGACAUUUCUUCAGGUGAUAGCACUCCAACGUCAGAGCACCUUCAUAAUAGGGGCAGUGGUGAGAACAGCCACGACGUCAGUGGGGCCAAUGUGUCGUUAGCAUCGUCAGGUUUGGUGUCUGCGUCGGGCACCUCAGUAACGUCCACCCACGCAGGCUCAGCCCCUGCACUCUUGAGAACUAAGCUGGGAACCAGUUUAGGGAUGCUGCCCACAUCUCUACCCUCCUCCUUACCCCACCUGGGUAGCAGCACGGCGGCCUCCACCUCUGUCACCAAUACCACCACCACCACCUCCUCCCUAGGUAGCAGCAUCCCAACCCUCAGUGGUUCCACGCCCAUGGCUGUGCCGCAGCUCCUUAGCCACCACCCUCGCGUCAUAUCCCUCUCUAGUUCUCUGAACAAGGGUGGUGUUGAUGUGGAUACAGCAAAGACUGUCAACUCAAACAACUCUCAUUCUCAUGAUGGAGAGGGACAUCUAGUGAAAUUACAAUUAGAACCUCUAACAAUAUCAGCAAAUAGUAAUAAUAUAGGUGGAGGUCCUCCCACACCAACACACUCUGAAAACCAAGAUGGCAUUGACAUCAGAAAAGUGGGUAGCCCAAGCAGCAGUAUUAACUCGCUACAGUCAUUGACGCAAACAACAGGAGGGUCAUUGGCAGGAGCAAAACCGUUAGUUCCUGCCCUCACGCGUCUGGCUAACUAUUACAAUGAAACCCUCAUUUCACACGUACAAAACUGGCCAGCAGAGAAUUUAGAAAAACCGGCACAGAGAUUAGCUGAGGAAGCUCACUCUGUUGGAAGUCUAGUGAUGACGCGGGUAUCUGCCGAGCUCAAGAUGGCACGGUCCCUGGUACGACUGGCAGAGAUACAGGCUACACUCCAUGAACAAAGGAUACUUUUUCUACGUGCUCAGAAGCGAGAACUUGAGGAGAUGAAGGCGCAGAAUUCCUUCAUGAGUGACACAUAGUGUUGGGCUGCCUGUGAUAGCUGCCUGGGUCAGUUGUCUGGAUGUUGACAUGCCUGGGAUUAUUUAUAAAGUGUUAUAUUUUCUUAAUCAUGUACUGGAUGUGUGAACAUUGGUGAAGUCCAAAGUGCAGGGUGUGGCAGUGAGGUGAGGCCCGAGUCCUCCCCUCAUGUGUGGGUUGUGGGCGAGUGCCAGCACCAGUAUCAUCACAGCAGCCAGUGCAAAGAUGACUGCUGCCACAGGCCAGGGUAACUGCCAGCUCCUCACAGGAUUCACCAACAACCUACCGUCCUGUGUCUGGCCCGGCCUACCCUGGCAACCCUCCACCGAUAUCCCCAAUGUCAUCUAUGUUUCUCUGUGAUGAAUGACACAACUAGACACCUCUGAAGGCUGAGCCUGUACACUGAACAGCUCUGCUACGUCACAAUGUAAUACCGGCUAGCCAGAGGCUGGCACUGUAUCACACUCCCUGGGGUCUUGAGAA